CUCGUGUAUCAGAUUUCUUUUGACAGUUAUAUAUACAAUUAUUAGUUAUUAAAUUAAAUCAUGUUCACUAAGCAACAUUCAUUAGCGUUAAACGAGCAAAUAGUUCCGCCUCCAACGCAAAAAUUUACAAUCGAACAGUGGCAUCUUAAUAAUCAAGCUCGAUUUCGCAAAUGCAACAUUCAUUGUCAAUUAGUUGAAAGUUUAAUUGCUGAAUCAGAGCGUAUUUGCGAUUCGGCAUUAGAAUUAACGAAAACAAACAAAAUAGCAACCGAUCAUGAAUUAAAAGAAAAAUUAUCAGAUGUUAAAUUUGUUAAAGAUGAAAUUUUACGUCAUCGCAAAGAUGUUAUUUUAGAAAUUGAUGCAUUUAAAACUUAUAAAACAAGAUUAAUUGAUGGUUUAUCAUCAAUACAAGAAAAUGCAGCUGAUAUUUGUAAAAAAUGUCUUAUUGCAAGAGAGCAUCGUUUGGGUAUCGACUUAACAGUUGAUGAUGUGGAAAAAGAAUUGAGAAAAGAAUUAGAAAUAAUAAAUCGAGCAGAUAGUAUUUUUACACGAACACUAGAGCAUACAAAUGAACAAAUUCGUAUUUUGAAAUCUCUUUUGUAUUAUCUCGAUGGAGACUUAGAGAAUAAGGAUCGUAGUAUUCAAUUGGAUGAAAGAAAUCUCAAUUUAAAGGAGACUAGUUUAAAUCUCAGUAUUUAUCAUGGAACUGCUUCACUAGAUCCUUCGACUAUUACUGUUCAAGAAUGGGAUUUACAUACCGAUGAAGUUAUCAUGUCUACAAUGAAGCAAAUGAAUAGUACCAAAGUAUUACGUUAUUAUAUUGAUAAUAUUUUAAAAGAAAUAGUUAAUGAUUUGAAUGAACAAAAGAAUAAAACUAAUGAAGCAUUUAGACUCAGAAUUUUGGAAACAAAACAAGUAAAAGCUCGUCUUGAGUCACAACAUUCUGAAAUAAUAAAACAAGCGAAUGCAAUGACGCAGAAUAUAACACGCUUAGAAAAAAAUAUUGCUGAAAAAGAAGGAUUUCUUGCGCUGGCACACACACGUUUAGGAAAUCGUUGCCAUCGACCCAAUUUGGAAUUAACUCGCGAUAAAGUUGAAAAUAAACUUGUACAAGAAGUAUAUGAUCUUCGUCAAACAGUUGGAAAACUUCAACGAACAUUGAACGAGGCUCAAGCAACUUUACGUUAUUUACUAAGAACGCAAAUACAAUUAGAAGAAGAUAUUAAUAUAAAAACUAAUACUUUGAAAAUAGAUGAAGUUGAAUGUAUGACACUGCGUCAAAGUUUGAAUUAUCGUGCUUAUUGAAAAUUUAUUCAAGUAGUUUAAAUCAUAUAAAUCAACCGAGUACUACAUCAAUUAUGAAUCACUGAUUGUAUUAAUUUUCAAAAAAUUUUAAUGCAUAACUUUAUGCCUACGAUUUAAAUAAAAAGAUGCAGUACAUACCUUCAACUUAUUUAAUUCUGCUAUCAAAAAUUCAGCGACAUUAUUUCGAAAAAAUGAAGAUGAUAUUUUACAAGCAAUACAUGAGUCAGUUUUACACCUUCUACAAACAUCAUGACCAAAAUGACAUGAAUAAAUUUCAUCUGAUAAUUUAAUGCUACAAAAGUGACAUGGAAUUUUUCUUUCUACAUUUCCGUGCCACUCCAGAAACUAAAAAAAAAAAACAAAUAAUAAUUUUAAAAAAUAAUUCAUUAAUAUAUUAAAAUAACUACCAAAUUUAAUUUAAUUAUUAAAUAAAAUAAAAUAAAUUACUUUUUUCUUGAUCAAAUCCAUUAUUAUUAUUGUCGUGAUAACACAAAGAACAAUAAAAAGAUAACCCGUGCUUA